AUGGAUGUAUGGCUGAGUCUUAUGCCUUUGUUUGAGGGCAGCUGGGAAAAAUACAGAGAAACAUUCCGUUUUUCUAUUGCCGCACUUUUCUCGCUCGACAUUUCUCGAUGGCGCCGCGCCUCUUCUUUCAGGCGGCUGGCGGUGGGGACGGGGAUACCCCUCGCCGUCGGGAUGCGUCUGAAGAUCCAGAGACCGAUAUCGACGAAGAAGGUGGCGAGAAUGUUGAGAUUCCGGAGGGCGAUGAUUCAGCGUAUCCGGCGUAUCUUCAGGGGCGAGACAAUGAGAACCGUCGUUCUGGGAGGAGAAUUUGGAACAAUCGCUUCGUCUCUAAUCCCGCCUGUGGUCCUUGUUCUCGCGCUGGACACGAUUGUAUUCGGGGUCGCUUCAGCGCCCGGACUGAUGAACGCGUAUAUCGCAGAGUCCCGCCGGGCGACCGGGCUCAGGGAUAUGGAAUUCGAUAGUUUGUAUGGGCAGGACUUGGUGGACCCAGAAGACGACGAGUAUGAACCGUCGGAGCAGGGUGAGGACCGGGAUGAAAAAAUCACCCUUUGGCCCUGUGACUUUAAUCCAAGGAGUGGGCUUGAUCAUGCUACACAGCUCUGGUUACUACAGGCGCCGCCUGUAAUUGCUACUUCGAUGCUCCGAAUCGAGAGUCAGCUUCUGCUUGCUAUGCCCGUCUCUGCCGGAAUCUGGAUGGAGUUAACUAUAAAGGAGCAGAGCUAUCUUCAAGACGAAGCAGAAGUAGAAAAGAAUGAAGAAGAGGAAGAAAAGGAAGGAAACUUAAUAGAACAUGGUAAAGAGGAGGAGAAAGAUGAAAUGAUAAAUGAUGCUCAAUGCUAA